ACCGUGCCUCAAAAUAAAAAUCCAAAAAGACCCAAAAAUUUGAGCCCGAACCCGAGAGCCUGUUUAUUUGCUCCAAAAUAUAAGCGACGGCGACAAUAGAGUCCUCCGAAACGGAAAAAGCACAGGAGCUUAUUCCAAAAAAACCAUUUUCAGCAAAACCCUUUUACUAGACCAGCUUGUAAAACUAAAAAUGGAGGGAGUCGUGCCAGAAUCAGUAAUGGAAGCUGUGAACAGAACACUCAAGAACGUGGAAGAUGUGAGGACUCACUUCCCCGACUUCUUGAAUCAGUGCACUCCCACUUCUCUUGCUCAAUUAGACCCUCUUGAACGUGCUCAAUCUCUGCUCUUGCUUGCCAAGGCCACCACUGUUCUCUUUGCUUUGAGGCUGAGGUGCAAAGGUGUCCACCCAGAUGACCAUCCUGUUAAAACUGAGCUGGAGAGAUUGAGCUUGUACCAGGAAAAGCUGGAGAGAUUUAUAAAUUUGAGUAAAGCUCCGCUGCGACCUUCGGCUACUAUAAAUGCGCAGGCAGCAACACGCUUUAUAGAGCAUUCUUUGCCUGAUCUUACACCAGAGCAGAGGCAAGGAAUGAGGGAAAUUAGUAGAGGGGAGGGUUCAAAGCUUAAGUAUUUGGAGACAAAUUUUAACAAAAAGAGAAAGUGUGCAUCUGGUGAGAGAAAGUCUGUUCAAGCUGCUGCUCAGGAGUUUCUUGAUAAAGCAGCCCGUGAGCUCCUUGGUGAAAAUAAUGGCGGUUUCAAGGGGCCUCUGCAACCUAUGCAGUCUCAGGAUUCAGAAGAAAAGUAGUCUGGAUCAUGCGGGAAGCAUCAUACUGGACUCUGUGGUCAAUACAAUUUGAGGCCGUGAUUUACUUUCAAGUACAUGCAUGUACCUAUCUGUAUGGCCAAUGUUGAAACUUCCUUUAGUAGUCAUCCUCAUCCUGCUUGCUCUUAUGUUCAAUAGUUGGUCCAGCAUUAGUAAUGUUUGUUGUUUUUGCCGUCUGAUUAAUGUUCACAAUAAUCAGAGCUGUGUAAUGCUUUCUAUUGAUGUUGGGCUGUUGGUUUAACUUGGUUUGUGCAUCUGUGAGCAAGGUUUGGGUUUUAGUGGAUACAAGGGAAAUUACCGAUCUUCCUCACUUUGGGUUCAACUUAGUUUAACUCGUUCAACAGCUAAAAGAUUGGACAUAUGUUUGGUAUUUUUGAAAGGUGCUUGUUUACAUA